AUGGCUUGCAAAUCUCAGCGUCCACCAGCACAUGACAUUUCCGAACCUGGGGCCGGUACUUCUCAGCUUUUGCAGAUACCUGUACUCAUGGACAUUCCUAAACUUGUGGCCGGUACUUCCCAACCUUUGCAGACACCUGCACACGCGGACCUUCAGCAGCAGAAAGACAGCGACGUUGUCGGGAGAAACGAAAAAAGUGACCCAGAAAAGGUAGCAGAAGUAAAACGCAAGGAUUUAGAAAGGUACCACGCUCGAAAAAAGUUGGUGGCAGAUAUGAACGCGAGAGAACAUCGAAUUAUGAAGCGAAAAUGGCAACAGGCGAAUAAAAAAAGAAGAGAGAAGAAACAGAUGCUUGAAAAUGUACCGUUGGACACGCCGGCUCUAUCGCCGAUACCGGAAAACCCACAAAUAAGACCCCAUUCUGCGACACCCACUCUAUCGGAAGCGUCUAGUGCAAGGGGAAGAAAGAAAGUGAAAAGAGAUAGAUCAAAGAUGUACAGAGAUAAUAUUAAAUAA